AUGCGUGCAUAUUUCUUAGGGCGUCGGGGCUAUUGUGACGUCCUCGAGCUGCAAGAGGUCAUCUUUAGGAAGAAAGUUGAAAGACAAAUGCAACGCCUUCGUGGGGGUACAAACGAGGACGCUAUCCCCGACACUGUUCUGCUUGUGGAGCACUCAUCACCGGUUUACACGGUUGGUAGGCGGGACACAUCGGAAGGAAUUCCCAAGGGAUGUACCGUGAAUGUGGUAAAGACACGGAGGGGGGGAGGUGUGACUUUUCACGGGCCCGGACAAGUAACAAUUUACCCGAUUGCCAACAUUCAACUGCUGUGGAAGCACUGCACGUCCUUGGAGAAGGCGCGUUCACCCAUAGAAUGGUAUAGUUGUGUGUUGGAGCAAGCCAUGAUCGACACUGCAAGGGACUACAACAUACCAACACACCGUGGAAGGGUCGGAGUGUGGUCCGACCGCUGGUGUGAUGUUCCCCCGCGGAAGAUGGGAUCCAUCGGUCUUCAGCUGGGCAACUGGGUAUCCAUGCACGGCGCGGGUUUUAACGUCUGCAAUGACCUCCGCUACUUCAAUGAUAUUAUCAUGUGCGAGAUGCCCGACGCUUCAGCAACGUCGUUGGUGGAGGAGAUGCGUCUACGAUCUCUAAAUAAGACUGAGCCGACUCCCAAGACGAUUGCACCACUUCUUCUUUACCAUUUUCUUAUGAACCUUCGGCAGCAGGAGAACAUAGUUUCAACGAGGCUUUUUGAUCUUUCUGAUGAGACAGAAUGGCAGCGUUGUGUCCUACACGGGAUUGAAUAA